AUGACAGAACUGUUAAAUGAAGAACUACCAAGCAUACCAUUACUUGAAUAUGUUACCAAUAUAUUACCAUCGACUUAUAAUUAUAUUAUCUCUGAUUUUCACCAACUUCCUGAUUUUGUCACAGCAGAAGAAUUUAUAAUCCAUCAAUUUGAAUUAAAUCUUUUCAUAAAUGCUAAUGAUGUUGAUAGAGCACGACAGUG